AUGUUUAAUAAAAAACAUUUUAUUAUUGAAAAUAUUCCUGAUUUGACCGGAAAGUUGCCAUCGUCACAGGAAGCACGGACACAUCACGCAAGAGAAGUAACUCUAGAAUAUUCAUAUUUAGAUUUUAAUAACCUUAAAAAUUGUAAGAAAUCUGCUGAAAAUUUCCUUUCAAAAGAUUUGCCUUUACAUAUUCU